UAUUUUUCUCCUCUUUGUAAAGAAAUGUCGACUCAACUCGAAGCUAACAUCAAACAGUGGCUAGCAAAAGCCCUAAAAUCUCAAAACCUGUCCGACUUUUCCGUAAAACUCGUCGGAAAUUCGGGCAAAGGCGACGGUUACGUCGGUGAUAUAACUUUCGUGCAACUCUCAACCCCUCACCAAACCUACAAUCUGGUGGUAAAAUGCAGCAAACAGUCCAAGGCUUUCACUCGAAUUUUCCUCCGCGAGAUAUUUUUCUACGACACUCUAUUACCCACUUUCAUCAAAUUCCAAAAAGAGAGAAAUUUGGCGGAAAUCUUCGACAGUGUGGCCAAAUGUUACGGAACCUACACGAGUGAAAAUAUCCACGUUAUAAUCCUAGAAGACUUGAAGAAACUGGGGUAUGAAUUGUGGCCAGUGUCCAAGCCAAUGAACCGCGAACAUAUUGAAAUGGUAGUGCGAGAAUAUGGCAAGUUUCAUGCAACUUCAGUGGCGCUGAAAAUUCUGAAGCCUGAAAAGUUUCAAGAGAUUUUAGCUACGUUGAGUCGCACUGUGAGCGACAUGUUCCGGACGCCGGAAAUGCAAAGUAUCGUCAAGAAAUCUUUGAAAAAAGCGAUCGAGUUGAUUGAGGGGGAAGUGGCGGAGGAAAUCGUCACAAAAUUGAAACACUUGGUGGAAAAAAUACAAAACACGACUCUAGAAUUUGAGGAAAAUUCACGCCUGAACGUGGUGUGCCAUGGUGGUUGUUGGAAUAACAAUUACAUGUAUAAAUAUGAUGGUAGUACUAAAAAUGUUCCGUCAAAACUUGUCAUAAUCGACUGGCAAAUAGCAACUUGUGGAACACCCAUUGCGGAUUUGUCUUAUUUCCUCUUUAGUUGCAUUUCGGCCAAAGAUAUCGAACAUUUGGAAGAUCUUUUGCUUGUUUACCACCAGUCGUUUUCAAAUCACUUGGAAAAGUUCGGUUUAAUUCCUGAAAAUUUGUACCCGCGUGAGCAGUUUUUAAACGAUUGGCAAGCCUGUAGCAAAUAUGGACUUGUAUUGGCGAUUAGAAGCGUACGAACUUCUUUCAUCGAAAAAGAUGAGAUCGUCGAUUUGGAAGAGGCGCUCCAACAGGGAGUCGAACUGGCCGAUUAUUUUACCAGAGACAUAAGAAACAUGAAGGGAUAUAAAAGCAGGAUUACGUACCUUGUAAAGUACGCCCACAAACAUGGAUUAUUUUAAAUAACACUAAUUUACAAAAAAGAAAAAAUUAAUACUGAUUUUGUUUUCUCUUUCUGUGAUCACUAAAAUAUCUGUCACAUUUGUGUCACGUGGGCUUUGAAAAUAUUCAAAAAACAAAGAGUGCCUUGUAUUGUCUGCGAAGUGCUUUUUCACAUGAGGUGUCACUCGACAUACAUUAAAAAAAACGUCAAAGGUGGCUGUGGAUUUCUGACAGCAGAUAAACAAAAAACAAGCGCCAAAUAAUAGACAAGAAAAAACAAAAAUUGACCUGUUUCAGGAUUUUUUCAUUAGUCGCCAAUUUAUAAAAUAAUAAACUGAUUUUUUUCAUUGGCAUCAUAUAAUACAUAGUAAGUACAGUUACGAUAAAAAAGAAUGAUACCUCUACCAACCGGGCAGGAUAGCACAGAUUAGUUUACAAAUUGUCCUUAUAAAAUAGCUAAACGUACACUUUGACCAUAUCAUAUCAAAAGUUUUGUGACUACAGUUUUAGGGGUGUCAUUCUUUUUGAUCGUGACUGUACGUUGUAUGUCAAUUUUGCAUAAAAUCUAAAGAGAAAAAAAUGCAGAAUGUGUUGCGUUGUUUGCAUUCACCUUAAAAAGAUUAGAGACGAAGCAGUCUGUCACAUUUUUGAAGUUGCAUAAUGAAUAUUUAAAAAACUUGAUGUCCUUAUUUUUUUUCGUCUUUACUUUCAAACUAAUUGUUCUAUCAAUAAACAUUUCUUUCAUCUAUUAGUAAAAAACUUUGGUAGCUAUUGUUGUUAGCAGUAAAUAAAACAAAAUAGCUGGGGAUUUUUUAUUUGUUACAAAAGUCACACAGUUAAUCCAAAUUGCGUAGGUAGUGCAAAAAAUUGCUCUUGACCCUUCGAUAAAACUCGUCCUUGUCCGAAAAUUUCAUCGAAAAAGAUGAGAUCGUCGAUUUGGAAGAGGCGCUCCAACAGGGAGUCGAACUGGCCGAUUAUUUUACCAGAGACAUAAGAAACAUGAAGGGAUAUAAAAGCAGGAUUACGUACCUUGUAAAGUACGCCCAUAAACAUGGAUUAUUUUAAAUAACACUAAUUUACAAAAAAAUAAAAUUUUACCAAGAAAAAAUUAA